GAAAUCUGGUUGGUUGAAUGAACUUGUAUUUGAGAAGGACCUAGGGCAUAUUGGCUUUCGUUUCGUUGCUUGGAGUAUUUGAAAAUUGCAGCAUUGGAGUCCACGGAAAUGUCAAAUAAUUCAAAUGUGGAAAACCUAUCGCCUCAAGUUAUUCGACAAAUAGCAAAAGAAAUGUCAGAACUAGUUUCAUCACCACCAGAGGGCAUUAAGGUAUUUAUAAAUGAUGAAGACAUAACAGAUAUUCAGGCUGUAAUUGAAGGUCCAGCUGGGACCCCAUAUGCUGGUGGUUCGUUUCGUGUGAAGUUGGUGCUUGGCAAAGACUUUCCAACAGGCCCACCUAAAGGUUAUUUUAUGACCAAAAUAUUUCAUCCUAAUGUAGCAAAAAAUGGUGAAAUAUGUGUCAAUACUCUGAAAAAAGAUUGGAAAUCUGAGCUUGGACUGAAACAUAUCUUGUUAACAGUAAAAUGCCUUCUCAUUGUUCCAAACCCGGAAUCAGCGUUAAAUGAAGAGGCAGGAAAACUUUUAUUGGAAAGGUAUGAUGAUUACUGUCAGCGAGCUAAGAUGAUGACUGAGAUUCAUGCUCACCCUCCUAAAUUUGCAAAAGAAGGCCUCGAGAUGGAUCCAACAUCUUCAUCAGUAGGCACCAUAUUCAAGGGUGUUGGAGGUCCUUUGGCUAAAAAGCAUGCUACUGAGAAAAGUAAAACAUUAUCAGAUAAAAAGAAUCUCAAACUUAUGAAAGAUAAGAAAAGAACCUUGAAGAGGCUAUGAGGCUAGUAUUAUUUUCUGUCAUGUUUUUUAUAAUUAGUGAAAAGGGCAGGUACGGACAAAAAUCAAAAUGUAUGUUUCCACUGCAUGCAUGUAUGCAUGUGAGUUUAUGCAUUUAGUAUGUGGUGUAUAUUGUAUAUGUAAUGUGAAGCUGUUUUGGACGAAACAGAAAAUAACAUAUACAUAUUUUAAAACCCAUAGUAAUUGCCAUAUUUUAUAAUAUAUUGUAUAUUUGCUGAAAUAAAAAAUUAGUUUAGCUUUCAAGAUAUCACUGUAUCUUGAAAAGAAGGUGCAUGAGAGGGGUAGUGUUGUCAUUUUUUUAAACUAAAAAGAUGAGGUAAACAAGUUUUCAAAUUUUUAAUAUCACUAUUUUGAAAAGAAGGUGCAUGAGAGGGUUAGUGUUGUCAUUCUUUUAAACUAAAAAGAUGAGGUAAACAAGUUCUUAAAUUCUUAAUAUCGUUAUCUUGAGAAGAAGGUGCAUGAGAAGGGCAGUGUUGUCAUUUUUGUAAACUAAAAAGAUGAGGUAAACAGGUUUUCAAAUUCUUAAUAUUGUUAUCUUGAGAAGGGUAGUGUUGUCAUUUUUUAAGCUAAAAAGAUGAGGUAAACAGGUUCUCAAAUUCUUAAUAUCAUUAUCUUGAGAAGAAUGUGCAUGAGAAGGGUAGUGUUGUCAUUUUUUAAGCUAAAAAGAUGAGGUAAACAGGUUCUCAAAUUCUUAAUAUCGUUAUCUUGAGAAGAAGGUGCAUGACAAGAGUAGUGUUGUCAUUUUUUUAAACUAAAAAGAUGAGGUAAACAAGUUCUCAAGUUCUUAAUGUGUAGAUUUUAUUUUCAUACCUGUUAAGUUACAAUAAAAUGAAAUUGUUUCGUCCUUUAUUAUUUUGGUCUCUGGUUUAAUGGUUCCUUGAGUUUUGCUUGUCUAUAGUGGAAACAACACUAAGAUAAGGAAGGGAACAUUGUAUGUUUCUGUAGUAUUUGUACACAUGCAGUUUUAGGUUUAAAAAAGAACAUUUCACAUGGUUAUUAUGGUACCUUCAUAUGUCUAUGUGAUCAAUGGAUAUCUCCUGUAAUACUGAAUACCAUUGUACAAAAAACAAAAAUAGAAAAUAGCUGAUGGAGGGGUAAGUUGUGUGUUUAUGUAUUUUAUGUCAUUAAGGUAUUUGUGUGUAUUUGUGAUAAUGCUGUUGAAGCCUGGAAGUGUGACUUGUAUUGCUAUGUAGUUGUGAUAAGUGUUUAGGUGUAAAAAUGUUUGUGGCAUUAGCAUUAAGCUGUAAAUUUUGUGUAUUUGUGGUAUUGUUAAGUAGCUAGAAGCAUGCUUGGGAUAAGCUGUACUUGCUUUGUAUUUGUGAAUGUGUUGUAUAGCAUCAGAAGUAUUGGGGGUAGGCUAUACUUGUUGUGUAAUUAUGAUAGUUUUGUAUGGCUGUUGUGUAUUUUGUGUUGUAUAGUUAAAGACCAGAAUAUGUGUUGGUGGAGUAAGUUGUACUUGCUGUGAUAGUUUUGUGUGGUUGAAAAGAUAAUAUCUGUGAGGGUAGCACAUUGUAUUUCUCAUUGUUGUAUAAUUAGAAAGACCAGUGUGCAUGUAUUGGUAAAGUAAGUUGUAUUUACUGUGUAUUUAUGAGUUUUUUGUGGUUUAAAAGACUCGUUGGGGAUUAAAUGUUACCUGUCAUGUAUUUCUUAUUGUUGUAUAGUCAGAAAGACAAGUGGAGUAAGCUGUCUAAUUGUGAUAGUUUUGUAUUCCUGGAGAGACCUUUGUAUGUGUAUGGGUAACAUGUUACCUACUGUGUAUUUCUUAUUGUUGUAUAGUCAGAAAGACAAGUGGAGUAAGCUGUCUAAUUGUGAUAGU